GGCAUUAACAUUGGAAAUCCAUAAUUAUUCAAAAUGAAAUUGACUAUUUUUUCCGUUUGCUCAUUGAUACUUCUUCAAAGUUUUGUAAGUCCUUUCGGUAUCCAAUCAAUUAUAAACUUUAUAUCAGGAUCAAAAGAUAUUCUUUUUGGAGUUGUACAAAAUGCUGGAAGUUUCCUUCCAACGCCUUCUGAAAUUUUUGGAAAUACAAAGAAUCUUAUUGCUGGACUACCAUUUGAAUAUGUAUCUUCAUCGAUCAAUUCAGUUUGUUCAACGUUGAUGUCUUCAAACUCUGUUAUAUCAAAGAUUACGCCAGAAGUUGAUUCAAUGUAUUUCCAAUUGAUGACUGCAUGCAGUAAGUACAGCAUCCCGCUUCUUGAACCUGAAGGUCUUUUGAAACUCAAGGCUUUCAAUGUUACAAAAAAGACUGUAAUCCUGGUUACUGGAUGGAGGACGACAGUUUCUAACUCACAAACAAUAGAAGAACUAUCGAAGGCUUACAACUGUAGGGGAGAUGUAAACUUUUUGGCACUUGAUGCAGCAUCUUACGUGGAUACUCUUUUUUCUUGGGCGGCUCUAAACACAGCGGAAAUUGGUGAACACAUGGGUGAAAAUUUAGUCAGACUGGCUAAAUUAGUUCCUCUGGAAAAUAUUCAUUUAAUAGGACAUAGCUUAGGUGCUCAUAUUUGUGGUGUUGCUGGUCGUACUUUCAACAAGCUAACCUCGAAAUUAAUACCGCGCAUUACUGCUUUGGACCCAGCAAAGCCGUGUUUCAAUGAAGGCGAGAGCCUUUCUGGUCUCAUGCGAGGCGAUGCUGAAUUCAUCGAUGUCAUUCAUACGAAUGCCGGAGUGCUGGGAAAAAAAGAUGCAACCGGUGAUGUGGACUUUUACCCCGAUGGAAUGGUAUCUUUGCCAACAGGGUGCUUAAGCGUUGUUUGUGCUCACGACAGAGCUUGGAUGUACUACGUUGAAACUGUUUAUCCCGGAAAUGAAUACAAUUUUAUGGCAAAACGCUGCACAUCGAUGAAAAGACUGAGGCGGAAUAAAUGUGGAGAUGAAGCAGAACCAAUGGGAUAUGCUGCAACAAGUAAUCUAAAGGGUACUUACAUUUUAGAAGUUAAAGGCAAAUCACCAUUUGGUAUGAAUGGUAACGAAACGCUAGAGGAUCAACAUGUUUGGUGUGGAACUUGUUUAUACGCUGGAAUUGUUUAAUAUUUGUUUAAACUAGAUUUAAAAUAAG